CGCUGGCAAAAGGAGACGGUGAAGGGAGCGACGGAGCGCGGUCUGCGGCAGCUGAAGCUGAAGCUGAAGGCGGGCAUCGCGCUCUAAAGGGCUCGGGUUAGACCGGCCGGAUCGCGUCCGUUUGGACGAGGAGGUGCGCGUUUUUCUGGGCGAGCGGCGGGACCCAUUUGCGGGGCCGCCAUGGAGGUGAGCGCGCCACGGUCGUCGUCGAGCGACAUCGCGGACCUGAACAGCCAGGACGCACAGACGGUGUGCGAAGCGCUGGGCCGCUACGAAGAAACGCUUCGCGGCGCCGUUAAGGAGAUCCAUGUGGAUAUCCAGGUCUUUAAGAACGGCGUGGACCGACAGGUGGCCGAAGUGCUGCGCCUGGCCAACCCGCUGGCCAGCACCGUAGCCGAGCUCCAGCAAGAGAACCAGCAGUUGCGGACGCAGGUCGAGCACAUAGCCCAGCAGGUGGAGAUCCUCAGCCGGGCAGCCGGGCUCUCAGACGUCUUGGUCCCCAAGCCCGUAUCCCCGACGGCGUCAGCGGCAUCUCCGAGGCUGGGAAGCGGAAGCAGCAGCAGCAGCAGCAGCCGAUUUGCUAGCCACGCUAGACUGUCCUUUUCCAGCAAGAGUCAGAGUUUGGACAUUGAGGAUGAAAAGAACGUUCUGAGCAAAAGAACUCCUGAUUCAUCCAUAAUUGAGAAUGGACAUCAGUUGUCAGAAGAUUCUCCUAUUGAGGCGCACGCUCCAGCAGUGAGUUUGCGGAUGCCACACCAGCCUGUUACUGCAGUAACUAGAGUAUCAGAAACGUUUUCAGGAGAAACUGUUGGAUCACCAAUUGUGCCAAGUGCUCCUGGUGGGCAGCAGAGCAACACUCAUAGCGAGGGUGUGUCCAAAACAUUGACUCAAGCAGAUGUGAAAGGUGCUGGCAGUUCAGCCCUGAGCACUGCGAAGAACUGGAACACGAGUUCAGUGAGGACAGCAAGUGCUUCCUUUACCUCAGAUAAAUUUUCCUCGGGGACAAAAUCCACAACAACUAUGAACUAUGGAAGCCAGUCUAGUGAAAGUGUCACCACAAGCCAGCAGACCCAGGCUUCAAAGUCCCAAUCUCCAUCUUCUUCAGUCCAUCGACAAGUGGAAAAGCGAAGGGAGUUGGUGAGAUCUCAGACCCUGCCUCGGACCUCAGAAACACAAUCUAGGAGAGCGCUCUUUGAGAAGUUCGAACAGGAGAGUGGAAAGGGGAAAGGUAUGGGCCGGGCCAAACUCAAGAGAUCCCAGAGUUUUGCAGUGGCCAGUGCCAGCAGCAUCAAGCAAAUCCUCUUGGACUGGUGCCGUUCCAAAACUAUCGGCUACAAGCACGUAGAUCUGCAGAACUUCUCCUCUAGCUGGAGCGAUGGGAUGGCCUUCUGUGCACUGGUACACUCCUUCUUCCCUGAAGCAUUUGAAUACCACACUUUGGAUCCCACCAAACGCAAGGAGAACUUUGAACUGGCAUUCACAACAGCCGAAAAAAUGGCCAGCUGUGACCGCUUGAUUGAAGUGGAGGACAUGAUGCUGAUGGGCCGCAAGCCAGACCCCAUGUGUGUCUUUACAUAUGUGCAAGCUCUCUACAAUCACCUUCGGCGCUUUCAAUGAAUCCAGGACUGGCUGCCUUGCCCCAAGAGGGCUGUGACUCUUAGAAUGGGACUGUUCCACAGCUGCUUUUGUGCUAAUGUUUGGUGCUGCUACACAGCUGCUUGCAUCCCUGCCGAGGGAAGUCCCAGGCCACUGGACACAACCACAAGCCAAAGAGAAAGAAAAGAUGAAAACGGUCAUAGUUCCAGGGCAGCUAGAGUUCUUGCUGAAAAAUGAUAGAAGGCCAGCAGUUCCUUCCUUGUUCUCUCUAGGCAGCUGUGAAUAGAGAUUCUUGUUCCAAGAAUGUCCUUUUAACGAUAUGUGCAAGCUGAUUUGACCAAACUGACCUAUAUGGAUAAUUCAAGCAUGAUUCCCUCUCUUUCCCUCUUUUCCUUCCAUAGAUGUCUCUCAGAAGUCUAUCUGCCAUGUCUACUAUUUAUGGACAGCUAUACCAUUAGUUGCUUUGUAUUACAUCCCCCUCCUUUUCCCUGAUUCCACUUUCUUAUGCUCUGGAAUUCACCUGGGAUAGAUUAAUGCCUAGAGACAGAUUCCAGUGUGGAUAGUUUGAAGGCUAAGUUCUGCCAUGGGCAAAUUCUCCUGAUCCCAGGGGCUUCUUGAGUACUAGUGGAGCUCAGCCUAUUUCCAAAGGUUGCAGUAUCGAAAUCUGUUUUCCUUCAAACCAAAACACUUGCUUGUGCAUUAAAAAAAAGGCUCUUGCAA